AUGUUUGUGGAUGCCUUUGAAGUGCUGGCAGAGAAUUAUGAGUUCAGUGAGGUCGAGGGGCCGUGUUUGGCUUUCAGGAGAGCUGCGUCAGUCCUGAAGAGUCUUCCUGGGGCGGUGCAGGAUCUGAGGACAACCCAGGACCUGCCGUGUCUGGGUGACCACACCAAGGCUGUCAUGGAGGAGAUCCUUGGAUGUGGCCGCUCGUUUCAAGUGGAGAAGAUCCUUUCUGAUGAAAGAUACCGAACCCUCAAGCUGUUCACGAGUGUGUUCGGGGUCGGACCUAAAACGGCUGAGAAGUGGUACAGAGGAGGGCUGCGCUCAUUCAGCGAUGUUCUGGCAGAGCCCGGCAUUCAUCUGAACCGGAUGCAACAAAGUGGUUUCCUGCAUCAUGGAGACAUCUCCAGGGCUGUCAGUAAGGCCGAGGCCCGGGCCGUGGGGACCAUUAUCGACGAGGUCAUCCACGGGAUCUCACCGGACGUCACGCUAACGCUGACAGGUGGCUUCCGCAGGGGAAAAGAGUUCGGUCACGACGUGGACUUCAUGGUGACCACAGCAGAGCUGGGGAGGGAGGAGAGUCUGCUGCCUGAAGUUAUUGACCGCCUGAAAAAACAAGGCGUUCUCCUGUUCUGUGACUAUCAAGCCUCGACCUUUGACCUGUCGAAGCUUCCCAGCCGCCGCUUCGAGGCCAUGGACCACUUUGCAAAGUGCUUCCUGAUUCUGCGUUUGGAGGGCAGUCGGGUGGACGGGGGUCUCCACAGCGCUGAGGGGGACAGCAGGACGUGGAGGGCUGUCCGUGUGGACUUGGUGUCCCCACCCAUGGAUCGUUACGCCUUUACUCUUCUGGGCUGGAGCGGCUCCAGGCAGUUCGAGAGAGACCUGAGACGAUUUGCUCGACUGGAGCGGCGGAUGCUGCUGGACAACCACGCGCUGUUUGACAAAACCAAGAAGGAGUUCCUGACGGCGACGACUGAAAAGGACAUCUUUGACCAUCUGGGCCUGGAGUACAUCGAGCCUUGGCAGAGGAAUGCGUAG